AUGGCGAAUCACGAAGGACGACUCCGGCGUCGAUUGUUAGCGGCGUUCAAGGACGUGGUGCAAACAGAGUUGGAUAGCUCAGAGAUUGAGGCGGGGGUUGAGUGCUUCUUGGAGCUGAUGCGAGACGCCCCGGAGGAACUAGCCAUCCAUGCGGCAGCUGCACAGGGCACGGAAGCACGCGACACCUGGCUGACCGAGCCGGGCACGCGAUGCUUUGCCAUUCUAUCUGUUGACGGCCAAUAUCACGAAGCCGUUUUGCAAAAGGCUACUCCACACUCGGCUGUCGUGCGUGUUCAGUUUACGGAAUACACGGACGUGGUAGAGGACGUGUCACUGGACGAUGUCAUGCCUGCGCCCGAGGCUGAGGAGCUGGGCGUGUGCGAGCUCUGCGCUCGAAACGUGCCACUGACGCGCCACCAUCUGUAUCCACGCUGCAUGCACGGGAAGCUGGUCAAGACCAUGGACAAGGCUGAACUUAAUCAAGUUGCGUUGUUGUGCCGCUCGUGUCAUUCGGCCGUGCAUCGAUUACAUGGCAAUGCGGAGCUUGCUGCCAGCUAUCACAGCGUGGAAUUAUUGCUGGCGGAUGAGGCGGUACAACGCUGGGUGCUCUACGCUUCAAAGUUGAAGAAGCAAUCGCGCCAGGAGCACGGCUUGCUGGCGGCACGAGCGCGACGGGAUAAGCUGAGUCUGAACUGA